AAAAGUUUGUUGAUGUUUAUUGUUAUUGUUUGUAGUAUACUUAAACAAAAUAAAUUGUGCUGGUAAACAUUUUCAUAUUUGUUAGUUAUUCACUUCUGAAAAGCGGUACAUAUAUCAAGAUUGGAGCAACCUGUCAAUAAAAAGAUGUGAAAUUUACUUAAGCGAUAUUACUCAAUGGCUGCGAGGUCUUAGCAUCGAGAAUUGUGUAUUAAAGAAGGAUGCUAUUUCGGGCUGUUGAUUUUAUAAGUUAUAUUGUGUAAGCGAAUUCCGAAACUUAGGAAAAUGCUCCUUUCUAGUUUUUGUGUUUGGUUAAUGCCAAUAUUUUGGCAAAUGGAAACAUAUUUAAUUGACGCAGCAAGUAGAUGUCCUACAAAUUGCCAAUGUAAAGAUUCCUCAGACAAUAGUUCCCUGAUUCGAAUAAAAUGCGGAGGUACUGCGGAAACAUCGAUUUCGAGAUGGGAGGAAAUAAAUCUGACAGAAAUAGCACCUUUCGUUAUAUCUCUGGAUUUAAGUAAUAAUGCGUUCACAACAGCACAAAGUCAAGAUUUUUCAAAUUUUACACAGUUGAAACGUUUAGACUUUUCUUCUAAUUUGUUUCGAAAAAUUGAUAAAGAUACCUUUGGAGGAGCUUUGCCUAAUCUUGAGCGUUUAAAAUUGAGUAACAACUCGAUACGGCAUAUAUAUUCUGGUUCUUUUGAAUUAUUGCAAAAUUUAAAACAAUUGGAUGUCUCAAAUAACCCAUUAGUUUGUAAUUGUGAUUUAGUUUGGCUAUUAGCGUGGACUAAUAGUCAUCUUAUAAAACUACAACCAUCACCAAAAUGCGAGUCUCCUAUAUAUUUUAAAGGUACAUUGUUGAAAAAACUUAAAGUUGGAGUGGACUUACACUGCGAAUCUCCGUUACAAACACUUUUAGAGCUAUUACCAAUAAACAAUCAGGUAGCUUUCGAAGGAGACGAACUUGUAAUGAAAUGUCGAGCUCCUCGGGUCGCUAUCGAAGUCCCUCGCGAAUCGGAAGAUAUUUCAACAACACACAUCUUUUGGGGAUGGUCAGAAGAGGUUCAACGUUCAAACUCUUCCAAUGAUAUGGUAUACAAAGAACCAGAAAAGGUAUUUAGAGACGUUGAUAUCUCGACAAAGCAUAUCUCUGAUUCAGGAAUACUUAAUUCUGUGCUCAGAAUUGGACGGAUCUCUAAGCAGCAUUCCGGGAAAUGGGUGUGUACAUUGAAUUCACAACAAGCAAAUUUAUCGAAAUCAAUUGCUGUUGUUGUCAUUUCAAAAGAAACUACUUAUUGUAAUGUGUCAGUUGUACGUACCAAUAAGGGAACUUAUUAUUGGCCUCAAACAAUACGAGGUCAAAUAGUGAGUCAACCAUGCGUUGAAAAUGAAGAAAAGAAUCUUUUAGUAACAUAUAGUUGUAAUGAAUACGGAAAAUGGGAAAAUCUAAAUACGAGCCUUUGCCCUUUUGUGAGUGAAACUACAAGAAUAUUAGAGCAAAUUUCAAAAAUGAAUGUGAGUCUAACAAAAAAAAAUGCAUUCGAGAUUGCUGAACGCCUUCACAAUUUCACACGUACUCAAAUAUACCUAAAUAAUGUUAAGGAUUCAGUGGACUUAGAAUUUAUAACGCGUGCACUUAAAAAAUACAUAGACUAUGUACCGUACCAUCAAGAUAUAUCAUACAUUAUCCUAAGCAUAGUGUCUGAGCUCUUAUUGUUGCCAAAAUUUAUGUUCGAAGAGGCGCAGGCUAAAUUCCAAACUAGCCUUAACAUGUUGCAUAUCGUUGAAACAGCUUCGUCCCAUAUUCAGUCAUUACCUCCUUCAUCUCAAGAAUUGAAUUUAGAUUCUUGGUCUACUCCUUGGAAUAUAUUUUUGGACUCCUUCAAUAUUCAUGUAGAUUCCUUUACCGGUAUUUCUUGUAUUUGGUUAAAUAGUGCUACAAACAUGGGACGCCGCAGUUUUGAAUGUAGCACGGCGAAUGAUACAUUUGCAAUGUUUGAGAAGCGCAUAGAUGCUGCCAUACAUAUUCCAGUCAACAAUUUAUUCGACAAAUCAGACAAGUCACUUAGACUUAUGGUUUCUGUUUUCCGCAAUGGAAAUCUCCUUAGCAAUAGCUACAAAAAUAAUUCUUCAGAAGAUAUAAAAGGCUCACUUCUUACAUCCGUCGUAAUAGGCGCAAAAGUAGCAGAACAAUUGGAUGAUCUACAAGCGUUGAACGAUAUAAGUGAAAAAAUGUUUGUAAUGCUACGUGUACAUCCAUUUCAUAAUGAAAUAAGUUCCCCAAUACCUGCAUGGUGGGAUAGUGAUAUCAAAGAUUGGAAUCCUCGGGUUUGCCGCAAAUUAUAUUUUCAUCGAGGUCUGUUGUUGUUCACUUGUAGGCGGCUAGGUUACUAUGGGCUUCUUCAACAUACUGAAUAUCUCAAUGACUAUGCAACCGAUGGCUCAGGAGCACGAUUUAAGCUUGCACCAACCAGUAUAUACAUAGGAAGCUUAGUGGUUUUCUUCUGUGCAUGGAUUAAUAUUGUGACAUUUAUAAUUUUUCGCAAAGCUAUACGAAUGAAUCGUCAACAAAUACAUUCUCUGGUGAAUAUAUGGCUAUCUGUCUCAUUAUUGGUCGCAGUGUUUGCACUUGGUAUAUUCCAAACGGAAAAUCAAUACAUUUGCAGAAUAGUCGGUAUUUUACUGCAUUAUUUUUCAUUAUCUGUCUUACUUUGGUUAUGCGUAUAUCUAAGUAACUUAUACAAAGGCUUGUCCAAAACCUAUCGACUAACAACUGAACCUGAUGUGCCAAAGGAUAUAAAAUUAAAAAAAUCUAUUUUAAGUAUAUAUUUAGUCGGCUGGGGUAUAGGAACUAUUAUUUGCGGAAUAUCGAGCGCCGUUAAUAUCAAUGAAUAUGCUACAUACUCAUUUUGUUUCCUUAACAAUACAUCGUCUUUGAAUGCGUUAUUAGUUCCAGCAAUAAUUCUUAUUAUAUUUCUCGCAAUACUCAUGCUUUGUGUAUUUUGCCAUUUGAACCACAAACCUUUACAUAUCCUGGAAAGUACGCGGUUUGGUGAAAAUACUGUUGUUACCGAAAAUAUUGAUUUGGAUUGGUUGGAUUUAAAGCAGAGUGCAGCAGUUCGAGGAAGCCAAAAUUUCACUGGUGUCGAUCAGUACAAGAGUCUCACCCUUAGUAAUCCAGUAAGUAGUUUAAGUGAUGAUUUAGAGCGCUCAAGUGUAGCUCAAUUGCGAGCUCAUUUUAUAUUCCUUAUAUUAUUCAUUAUUUCUUGGAUAUCAGCAGCAAUAUUUAUCAAUCAAAGUGUAGAGAAUGUGCAAAGUAGUACAGUAUUCAGUAUAGUUUUCGCAAUAUCCUCCUCUUUGUUGGGGUUGUUUUUAAUCACAUUUUAUACGUUGUCCAGAAAUGACACAAGAAGUGCCUGGGGAAGAAGGUUCUGCUUACCAAAUGUAUUAUGCAAGAGUUACCAAAAAAAAUAUUAUGGUACACCUGUAGCAACAACAAUGCAUGCGCACAAAAGUUCAACUUUCUAUGACGCCAGCACUUCUCGUUCCAGAACUAACAGUCAAUGUUCAAGACAUCAUAGUAAUAGUGUGCGUAGUAUGAAAAGUAAUUCACAUAAAAACGAUCAAAUUAUACAAAACAUCAGUUGCCCUUUGCUCGGCACAGUAUCGUCCAACGUAAAUCAGGCAGCGAUUAUCAAUAACCAACAUAAGCCAAAUAGUCUGGCUGUUGUGCCUAUGACAUGCGAAAUACCUAGUGCCGAAAUAUUUUAUAAUCCAAAUCAAAUAAUUGUAGCUCGAAAGUUUUUCAAAAAGCAAAAGCGUUUAGCUAAACGUAAUAAUUUCGAAUUACAACGACAAGUUGACCGCGUCGGCUAUUUGGAAAAUGCGAGUGACAUAUCAUCUCUGAGUGGAAGCGAAGUCUCACAUAUUUAUAGUAAACGUCACAACGCCAUUACCUUAUUAAGAGGCGGUAGUAAGGUUAACAACACCAAUAUAUGCUACAAAUCGAAUCCAUGUACAAAUUAUGGUUCAAAAUCUCCGUAUUAUAAACCUAUUGAAAAUUCUCUUCACUUAUCAGGGAUAAAUUCCGACUGUUUUCCACGAAAUCCCUCCUCCAAUUUUAUUGCAAAUAUAUAUACUAAUAUACCCGAGACAAAAGAACCAAAGCAUGAAAUAAUUAAGGUUAGAAAUCAUAACAAACCAAGUUGCACUGAAACACUAAGCGAGCAUGAAGAGGAAGUCGAUAAUGAAAGUAAUAGCUCUUUAAAUGAUAAAAAAUGUCCGCUAUAUCAGAACACUUCGGAAGUAGCCUCACCCAAUGCAACGCGACAAACGAUAGCUUCAAGUUCAUUGGCGAAACCUCCGCAAAUGAUUAAUGAAGAUAUUGAAGUUUCGAACGCUUGUCUACCAAAUGUCAAAGAACUUCACAUUGACCAUGAACAAAAAAUUAACGAGUUCACUAGCACGGACCAGAAAACUCGACAUCGGUCCAAACAUUCCAAGUCACUCAAUAAUCUGGUUGACUCCGUCGAGCAAUCGAAUAGGUUUCUAAAAAAAAAUCAGUCAAAUAACUCGUUAAUUGCUAGCUUAGAACAAGAGGAAGCUGGAUCAUGGAAUAGUAGUUCCGUAAGUGUCUCCUUAUUAGUUAAUGAAAGCCAAAGAAAACAAAAAAACCUUAAGCUGAAAAAAACUGAUCUUUCUGGAAAAUUUGAGUUUGCCAGUGAAAAUAAUGUCUUCAAUAUUCCGCAUGCAGUUACAGCACAUUCAGUCAGUCCAACUAAUGAAAGUGAUUUCAACUAUCAGAAUUCUGAAAUUAGCAUAAAAAGCCAUGAUUUAUAUGAACCGCAACCCGACAAUGAUCUUAAUAUGACAUUAACUGAAGAAUUUCCCUAUCAGUCAUCUAAUACAAGCGAUACAGAAGAUCAAAUAAAUGAUUUCGAUGACGAAAAUCUGAGAAGCGAAUAUCUGGGGCAUCGAAUGAGUGUAAAUGAUCAAUCUAUCGAUGAACUUUAUGAAGCUAUAAAACAUCAGAACCUGACAGUUAUUACUCCAAGAAUGGAGCUAAGUAGUAAUAUAAAUGGUAUUGAGUCGUCAGAUGAGACAUCAACACCUUUUAGGAUGGCAGCAUCUGAAACCUUAUCGUUGGCUUCGAAUCCAACAACUUCCUCUCGUAUAAGUUCUUUGUCUAAACCUUUUUUAGAAGCUUCCAUUGAUACUUUAGAGGAUGACAGCAGUCAAAGUAGUGUUAUUUCAUAUAUUGACAAAAAAGGCAAGAAAAGUUAGAACUAUUGUAAAAACGGUCAUACGACCGCCCUUAGAAUUAAGUAUGUGUUUUACUUUUGCUAAUUAGUUAAGUUAAGCUUAGAAUUAAAAACUGUAUACAAAUAAAAAUAUAGAAAACAAUUUUUAUGAAA